AUGCCGGUUCUCAAUGGAUCCAACUAUCAUAGUUGGGCACGAUCAAUGCAUAGAGUUCUCGGCGGAAAAAUGAAGUUCGAUUUCGUCGACGACACGAUUCUGGUUCCAAAAGAUUCUUUUAAACGAACCUUUAAUGCUUGGACUCGUUGUAAUAUGGAAGAAUUAGAAAUAUACAUGCCUAUACCUAAUUGCCAUUGUCGUAUUCAUUGUUCUUGUGAUGUUAUGCGAAGUGCUAGGUUGAACCAUAAUUUGUUGUAUGUUAUCCGUGUUUUGACCGAGUUGAAUGAAGAUUUAAAUGUGGUUAAGUCUCAGAUUCUAUUGCUUGACCCACUGCCUAUGUUAAAUAAGAUUUUCUCCAUGGCCACUCAACAUGAAUGCCAAAUUUCCUCCAUUCCUGUUUCUACGGAUGAGUCUAAGAUUCUUGAAAAUGUUGUUGAUCAUAGGAGACCCCCUUUCAAAAUAUCUAGAUAUAAAAUCUGCACCUUUUAUGGCAAAUCAGGUCAAACAAUUGACAUAUGUUAUCGCAAACAUGGUGUACCUCCUCAUUUACUAUGCAAUCCAAGUUCAAAUGCUUAUAAUGCUCAUACUGAUUACAUUGAAAAUGUUCAUCCUGAUUCCAGUUGUAAUCCUCAAAAUGAUCAUCAAACCCCACCGUAUUUCACUAUUGAGCAAUAUCAUUCUCUUAUGUCCCUGCUUCAGGCUUCCAAUAUGGGCAAACCAUCUACUAAUACAUCUUUUUCUAAUCAGGAGCCCCAGUCACUGAAGAUGAUUGGUUCUACUGAUUUCAUAAAAGGGUUUCACCCCUUAAAUCUAUCAAAUAAGAUGAUGCAUACUACUGCUGCCAAUUCUGUUUUAAAAGCUAUCAUCAUACCAGACCAAGCCUUAUGGAAUUUUAGGUUAGGACACCUUUCUAGUUCUAGAGUGGCUAUGUAA